AUGCCAUCCCUUCCACUCCAGGACCAGCCUCCAGCGAAGGGCAACAGAACCGAAAAGCCAGAAUCUCCUGAGAAGAACACCCAAAAGACCAAAAAGCCAAAGGCAAAGAAAACGACGAAGCAAACCAAGAAAAGUGAAACUGCAGAACUUUCCGCAGAAGAAAAGCGAAAGAUCGCAGUUGCUAAGGCCUUGGGGUCAGCAGGGGCUUGUGACACCAGUAGCACCACAAAGGCAAAGGGUAAGACUGAGAAGGAGGUGAAGAUCAAGAAGGGCGACAAGAACCAGACAAAUGCAGAAGAGCUAGCAAAGCCCACAAAGAAGAACCCCAAGGAGGAAGGAGAGAAAGCCGAUGAGAAGGGCGAGAAAAACAGGAGAGCAGCAAAGGAAAAGACCCAGGAGAACGAGAAGGAUGACCAGGUUGAUGAGAAGAACUCUACAAAGUUUGAUGCUGGAAAGACUAAGAAGAUCCGUGCGGAAAAGGAGAAGCCAGAGAAAGAUCAGCCGGAGAAGAAGACAGGCAGAAAGAAAGGAGAUUCCGACGAAGGCGAAGCUGAGGAGAAGAAAGUCAAGAAGGUCAGAAAGGAGGUCUAUGAGGAGAAGGGCAGCCACAAGAAAAAGGCAAAGACUUUGCAGACCGACGAGAAGGACAAGGAGAGCAAAGAUGAGAAGAGUGCAGGUGAAGAUGCGAUGAACCAGGAAGUCAACGAGAAUGGAUCGUACUCACAGGGGACAGAGAUCACAGAUCCUGGGUGUAGCCAGGACCCUGACAAACACCAGACGGAUGAAAAGAAGAAGAAGACCAAAGACAAGAAGGAAAAGGACAAGCCAGAGAAAGAUCAGCCGCAGAAGGAGACAGACAGCAAAGGCAGCAAGAAAGGAGAUUCCGACGAAGGCGAAGCUGAGGAGAAGAAAGUAAAGAAGAUCAGAAAGGAGGUCUAUGAGGAGAAGGGCAGCCACAAGAAAAAGGCAAAGACUUUGCAGACCGACGAGAAGGACAAGGAGAGCAAAGAUGAGAAGAGUGCAGGUGAAGAUGCGAUGAACCAGGAGGUCAACGAGAAUGGAUCGUACUCACAGGGGACAGAGAUCACAGAUCCUGGGUGUAGCCAGGACCCUGACAAACACCAGACGGAUGAAAAGAAGAAGAAGACCAAAGACAAGAAGGAAAAGGACAAGCCAGAGAAAGAUCAGCCGCAGAAGGAGACAGACAGCAAAGGCAGCCAGAAAGGAGAUUCCGACGAAGGCGAAGCUGAGGAGAAGAAAGUAAAGAAGAUCAGAAAGGAGGUCUAUGAGGAGAAGGGCAGCCACAAGAAAAAGGCAAAGACUUUGCAGACCGACGAGAAGGACAAGGAGAGCAAAGAUGAGAAGAGUGCAGGUGAAGAUGCGAUGAACCAGGAGGUCAACGAGAAUGGAUCGUACUCACAGGGGACAGAGAUCACAGAUCCUGGGUGUAGCCAGGACCCUGACAAACACCAGACGGAUGAAAAGAAGAAGAAGACCAAAGACAAGAAGGAAAAGGACAAGCCAGAGAAAGAUCAGCCGCAGAAGGAGACUCAGAAGGAGACAGACAGCAAAGGCAGCAAGAAAGGAGAUUCCGACGAAGGCGAAGCUGAGGAGAAGAAAGUAAAGAAGAUCAGAAAGGAGGUCUAUGAGGAGAAGGGCAGCCACAAGAAAAAGGCAAAGACUUUGCAGACCGAUGAGAAGGACAAGGAGAGCAAAGAUGAGAAGAGUGCAGAUGAGAUGGAUCAGGAAGAGGAGGACGCCGAAGAGCCCAGACGUCCAUCAACGAAGAUGCAGAAAUACCUGAAGAACAAGAAGAACCAGAGAAAGCAGGAGGAUGAUAAGAAGAAAGGUGAUGACAAAGGCGAUGAUUCGGAUGAUGAGGAUGAUGCAGGGAACAGAAAGAAGCCCAGACGACCCAGAGCAAAGCGAAACACACGCAAGGCAGAGACAGGGGCAGACAAGGCAAAGUCCGGAACCAGUGGCCGAGUUGGCUUGCGGGACGACUACUGGAACCACAUCACAAGCGCUAAGCAGCGUUUGAGUCAGGAGCACCCUGACUGGACCAAGACCGAAGUGCUGAAAGCGGCACGUGCUGAGUGUGGAAAGUCCAUCCUACAAGGGUGA